GAGUUGUUGUGAUUGUGUUGCUGUCAGUCAUUGACUGCUGUAUUGAUUGUGUGGACAGAGUUUGAUGCCAUCACUCAUUGUCUGUAUCACCGAUCGCUUCCAACACUUCCAUUGCGUGUCUCACCAGUAGAGAUAAUCGGAUGACUGAAUGGAUCCGUCUCUGAAUGACAAAUAUUUAAGUCCUUUUGUAUAUUGGGGUCAAACCAGUGAUCAAAUCAGUCUGAAGAUCGAUCUGAAGAAUGUUAAGGAAAGCAGUCUUCAGUUCUAUGGAUCAGGUAUUGGAGCCAAAGGUCUCAAUGAAUACGCUUUUCUCAUCCAAUUCUACACUGAAGUGAAUCCCAAAGAAAGCUUUUAUAAACUCAAUGACAGACACAUCGAGUUUGUCAUUAGGAAGAAGUCACACGUGUUAUGGCCACGACUCUUGUCAUCAGUGGUGAGACCGCAAUGGAUUAAAGUAGACUUCGAUCGCAUCCAACCCGAAGAUGAGUCCGACAUCGAUGACAAUUCUAUGGAUAAAGAGUUCGAUGAAUUGGUUCCUAACCAACAGAACUCUUAUCGCAAUUUCGGUCAAAAAGAUUUCGGUCGACGAAAAAAGUCUAUGAAUAAAGGCUUCAAAGUGGUGAGACCGCAAUGGAUUAAAGUUGACUUCGAUCGCAUCCAACCCGAAGAUGAGUCCGACAUCGAUGACAAUUCUAUGGACAAAGAGUUUGAUGAAUUGGUUCCUAACCAACAGAACUCUUAUCGCAAUUUCGGUCAAAAAGAUUUCGGUCGACGAAAAAAGUCUAUGAAUAAAGGCUUCAAAGUCGAAGAUUUCAAGAAAACAUAUCUCUUUCUCUACAAUUUGUUUCAAUUCGUGGGUUUUGUUUAUGUGUUUCUCAUUGUCACCAUUCGUUACAUUAAAGACGGUUCCCAAUCAACUGAAAGCGUAUACCAAUUGGUCGGAAAAGUUAUGAAGUUUUUACAUUUGAUGCAAAUUCUGGAAAUUCUUCACCCAUUGAUGGGAUACACAUCUGGAAGUCCUAUAAUGCCUUCCAUUCAACUCUCUGGUCGAGUAUAUCCAUAUUACAUGCUUCACGUAUUUGGUGUGAACAUUGGAUUCCUUACUUGGGUUCGGUAUACCGCUUGGGUAUUGCUCUACCCAUUGGGUUUCAUCAGCGAAGAGAGCCGACGAUUUUCCAUUGAUUUGCCAAAUGAUCUGAACUUUUCAUUCCAUAUGCCGACAAUUAUCAGACUCUACCUCUUAGUUGGAUUGUUCCCUGUUAACCACAAAUACAAUACCAUAGGAAAGGGAGAGACUGAGAGGGAAAGGGAGAGAGAGGAGAGUGAGAAAAGUUGGGAAAGUAGUGUUGGCUGGGACUGGGAGUUGGAACUGACAUUUGGUGUGCUGUUUGCAACUUUGGAGGCAUCUGGCGAUUAUAGAACGUUUUAA